AUGGCAUCCACCCCUGCGAACACGAACGCUAACGCAGAACAGAGCACUGCACAAGCGCUCGCUGAGGCCAGAACCGCCGCAUCCACUGCUUUUACCAGGUACUACAGACUCAGCCUCACAACCAGCGACACUGACAGCGAGUUCUCAGACCCGCACACCGAAAUGCGCACGACAGAGGACGUCGCCCAGGCGCACGCCCUUGCCGAGGCCGCCUUGAUGAGGUACUACUCCAUCCGCACUUCCAGGUCCUACACCAGCGACAACACCAGCGACAACGCCGCCGAGAUCAGCUCUAACGAGGCUGACUCUGACAGCAAUUCGAGCAGCGACGCGGGUGAAGGCACCGAUGACGAGGAGGUCGACAUGGACAUCAGCAGCUCUGAGAGCGAGUCCGGCGACAGCGAUCCGGAGUCUGAGCCCGAGUCCAGCACCGAGACUACCGACACCGUCCCGGACGCGCGCUUCGUGCCGACCCCGAUCCACCCCGGCCGCGCGACCGCGUCCCGCGCGUAUGAGUACAUCCCGUCGCCCCCCUCCUCCCCUCAGACCACACUUACUGCCGCCGCCCGCCCCACCUCUCCUCCCCGCACGACGUCGACAUCGACACCCCUCCGCGCCCACCAGGCCUCAACCUACGACAUUACGACGAGGCGGUACAGGCAGCGCGAGACGCCGCUGCGGAUCGAACUGGGUGCGUUUUUCGUUAACAGAGCGGUGGACGUUGAGCAGCAGUAUGACGAGUACGCGGAGAUGUACGAUGAGGAGGAGCUUGAGGAUGAGGAGGACGAUGAUUGCAUGUUUUAG